CGUGGGAUCCGUCCUGCGCACGCGGAGAGCUUCAGCACCCGCAGCCGAGCGGAGGGCACCGCGAGCCCGCUCAGGAGCAGCGCUCGCCCGGCUGGGACUCCUCCGGCUCUGACACGCGCACGGCGGCCGCUACCCGUUCGCGAGCCGAUCCUUCCCGUCCCGUCCCGUCCCGACCCUUCCCGUCGCCCGGACCCGGCUCGCGAUUCGCCGGUACCGCGGACGAGCCUGCGUCUUAACGCGGAGAGGUCGGACUUCUGGGGGGAAAAAACACGGCGGAACCCACGCGAAACAUUCUCCCGUCCUGUCGCGCGCGCGCCCCCCACACCUCCCCCCCUCCCUCCUUAUGUUAUUUCCUGUCAUUUUUUCUUGCGAUUUAUUUCCUGCUGCCAAAGCAGGAACCCGGGACUGAGCCCCUGCUCCGAGGAUGAAAGAAAACUAGAUUUGUGAUCGAAGCUUUGAGGUUGUUUCACUGGAUUUAUUUCGCUGUGGAGGAAAAAGCGACCCGGGAGCGGAGCGGUGCGCAAAACGCCGAGGUCUUCCUCAUCUUCUGCCCUCUUUCGCUGUCUGUCUGUCCACCCAUCAAUCUGUCCACCUAUCCUCUCCUGUCUCUCCGUUUCUCCCCUGUUCGUAGGUCCGUGCGAUUUUGCUAAAAUGCAUCAUCAACAGCGGAUGGCAGCUUUGGGAACGGACAAGGAACUGAGUGACUUGCUGGAUUUCAGCGCGAUGCGAAACAGCGAUUUGAAAAUGUUCCCAACAUCCAUGAUGUUUUCCCCUCCUGUUAGCAGUGGAAAGAACGGGCCGACCUCCCUGGGGAGCGGACAUUUCUCCGGCUCAAAUAUGGAAGAGAGGCCCAGCGCCGGGUCCUGGCCCAGCGGAAGCCGACCCUCUAAGAGCUAUGCCGACGGUUCUCAGUACAUGGCAUCACAUGACAGCCUCUCGCCUCCCUACGCCAACUCCAGGCUAGCAGGUAAAUCAGAGAGGAGCUCGUACUCGUAUGGAAGAGAGUCCAACCCACACUGCCAUCAGUCAAUACUGGGAGGUGAACUGGGUCUGGGGAGCCCCGGCGCGGCGUCGCCCACCAAGCCAGCCGGCCAGUACUACCAGCACUACGGCUCCAACCCACGGAGGAGAGCGCUGCACAUGGACGCCAUGGACAUCCACACAAAAAAAGUGCGGAAGGUGCCUCCCGGCCUGCCGUCCUCCGUGUACGCUCCGUCUGCCAGUACAGCCGACUACAACAGGGACUCGCCGGGGUACCCCUCCUCCAAACCUCCUAGUGCCGGCUUCCCAAGCUCCUUCUUCAUGCCAGAUGGUCAUCACAGUGGUGAUCCCUGGAGCAGCAGUAGCAGCAGUAUGAGCCAGCAGGGUUACCAUGGUAGCAUGCUGGGGGGUGGGAACUCGGCCCACGGUCCGGCCCAGAGCUCCUCCUACUGCGGGAUCCACCCACAUGACAGAUUGAGCUACCCAUCACAUUCGUCUGCAGACAUCAGCUCCAGCCUUCCUCCCAUGUCCAGCUUCCACCGAGGGGGCGGGAGCGGUGGCAGCGCCAAUCAUUACAGCACCGCCUCCUGCACCGCCUCCACCAACGGCACAGACAGUAUUAUGGCUAACCGAGCACAGAGCGCAGCAGCCAGCAGUUCUCAGACAGGAGAUGCCUUAGGGAAAGCACUCGCAUCGAUCUACUCCCCAGACCACACGAACAACAGCUUCUCCUCCAACCCCUCCACCCCCGUUGGCUCCCCCCCCUCUCUCACAGCCGCCAGCUCCGCCGUAUGGUCGAGGAACGGCGGACAGGGAGCGUCGUCGCCCAACUACGAGGCCCCGCUGCACUCUCUGCAAAGUCGCAUCGAGGACCGCCUAGAGCGCCUGGACGACGCCAUCCACGUGCUGCGCAGCCACGCGGUGGGGCCGUCGCCGGGCAUGACCAGCGGCCACGGCGACAUGCACGGCCUCAUCGGGGCCGCGCACACGCACAACGGGGCCAUGGGCGCUCUGGGCAGCGGCUACGGCACCGGGCUGCUGUCGGCCAACAGGCACUCACUCAUGGUGGGGUCUCACAGAGAAGAUGGAGGAGUGGGCGGAUUGCGUGGCGGACACUCGAUGGCAGGUCAGGUGCCUGUUCCUCAGUUGCCUGUUCAGUCGGCCACAUCUCCGGACCUCAGCCAGCCUGACCCCUACCGCGCCUUGUCCGGAGGCCUUCAGGGCCAGAGCACCUCCUCCGUCAGCUCGGAGAUCAAGUCCGAGGACGAGGGGGACGAGAACCUCCUGCAGGACGCGAAGCCCCUGGAGCCCAAGAAGGAGGACGCCGACAGCAAGGACCUCAAAGGGAUGGAGAGCAACAACGACGACGAGGACCUUUCUCCAGAGCAGAAGAUGGAGAGAGAGCGGGAACGGAGGAUGGCCAACAACGCGAGGGAGCGGCUACGCGUCCGCGACAUCAACGAGGCGUUCAAGGAGCUGGGCAGGAUGGUCCAGCUGCACCUGAAAAGCGACAAACCUCAGACCAAGUUACUGAUCCUGCACCAGGCCGUGGCCGUUAUCCUCAGUCUGGAGCAGCAGGUCCGAGAGCGGAACCUGAACCCGAAGGCGGCCUGUCUGAAGCGGCGCGAGGAGGAGAAGGUCACGUCGGACGGGACUCCGCUGUCACUGGCCGCUGCUCACCACGCCGCCGCCGCCGCCAUGGGCGACGGGUCCAACCCCAUGGGACAAAUGUAAAAUGCAGCAACAUCUCCUCCCCCCUGAAUGGUCUGAGGUGCCAGAGUUCAUCAAGAUGAUAAGUGACCACUUCCUCUGAAGGCAUUUAAUGACGAACCAACAACAGACUCUUCAGUUUGACCAAUCAGACCAGCGCGUUUCUCUCCUCUCGUCCAUCAUCUCCGACCCUCCUCUUCACAUUUUUUCUCCUUCUGUCGACAACAUGAACUGCAGAGUCGCGUCACUUGCUUUUCUCACCUCGUGUCCCCAGCGGAACCGGAUGCUGCUCGGCGGACACGCGUAAACGGACCUUUACACAGCAGCAACGGACAAAAGUCACUCACCAAGAAGCGUUUCUUGUAGGACUUGUGUUAUCAGCAUUCCCAGUUUAAAAGAACAAAGAGCGAAGCUUAAAAAUGGACAACAGAACUGGUGACAGUGGGAGUGGAUGUGGGCGGGGCGGCGGCUCGGUGUCCAAGGAGCCACAACACAUAUCACGCAAUGUUUGGAGACGCGCAGCUGCUGGCGGAGCCGGCGCCGGCGCAUCUCCAACAGCACACUGUGGACGAAGCCGUGCCUGGACCUCCUCCUGGAAACGCAGACGAAGGGAAAACGAAGGCUGCAUGUGCACACGUGUGCCCACAAAGCUGAAAUACGAAUACGGAAGCGAACGACUCGCUACGUCCUCUGAACAAAUACAGGCCUAGAGAGAAACAAACAUGUUCAUCUCCUUCAAACGCAUUCUCUAUCAAACUGCCAAACGUGUACUGGAGGUGGAACACUAAUCGGAACAUUUAUGCCUUUUUUACUGCUGCUUCAUGCUGAUAGUCAGUAGUAGCGUCCUUCACACUCACGGUUUUAAGCCCACAGUUGAGUACCUAGAGAUCGAACGAGUCAAUGACCGAAUCGAACAGGGCGGUGAGCGGUGUUUAGGUUUUUCAGGAAGGAGGAAGUAGUGAUGAUGGAGUCGACUUCAUCGGACGCUGUUGUCGGGUUUGAGCUGCAACUCCGGAACGAGCAGCUCGACGUCCCCCAUUGAGCAUCUUCAGUCAGACCUUCAUCACUAGAGUUCCAGGCAGGCGGAUCCAACGUUUAGCACAUUCCUUCAAUCAUUCUCACUCUACUUGAAUCAAGCGCUCCCUGAAACAGGAGGUGGGCCAACAUCCAGAGGAGCUAGAGAUCAGGGGGGAGACAAAGAGUCCAGAGACAGAAGCGAUGAUGCUGCUGCUGCUGGAGAAGCAAGGGAACAAUCAUCAGGGGAGGGAGGGCGUCCUGUACUUUUCUUCUGGGGCCAAGCAGUAGUCAAAGCAUUCCUGUAUCGGAUCGACUCGAUUCCCUCGUGUCCCGUCUUAGUGUACGGCCUUAACCUCUAACUCCACCUUCAGACGGCACCGUUUCCGUUUGGGGGCAUGAUUCUAGAUGUUAUUGACUGGUUUGAUGGCGUCUUUUGGUCUGUUGGUGUUGCAGCGGAGAAUGAUGAACGUUUCCUUCAUAUGUGAGUGUAGCUUGAGGAUUGGGUUCUGGUCCAAAAGGCAGAAUGUGGGCAGACUCUGGAUCUGUCAUAGGGGAGGUUCAUGGUUUUAGCCUGGACGGACGGUUCUGUACCAGACAGGCCUGGUGUCGACUGCUCAGAGGGUCCAAUCUAGAAGCUAAACCAUCAAGAACCUUUAGAAUGUCAGUGUUGCCUUUUGUAUUCGGACUCUUGGGCACACGUUGCAGGAUCUUGUGUGAGGACAAGGUGGGAUUAGUUGCAACAAAGUUCCUGCAGGAACGUCGCUGAUGUGAUGGCGUUGGUUGAUUAACCCCCGUUCAGCCCCACCGUAGUUUGAGUCCGGGCCCAGAUUCCAGCUCCCAGUGCUGUCUUCUCUGCUGACCCCAGCCUUACGAGUGUCCCCUGCCUCCGACCCCACCUGACGGUCCCACAGAUGCAAUUUGAACAUUCAUACUUCUACCAAUGUGCCUUUUUAGAAUUCAUAUCAUUCAAGUUGCCAGAGGAGGACAUUUACCUGGUGUUUUAAUAGGAUGCAAGCUUAGGGUAACCUGUUCUUAGUCGUUAGGUUCUAUGCAGUCAGGUUUUUUACCAGACCUGGGAAUUUAAAAAAAGCUAAAAAGGAAAAAAAAAAGUAUUUUUUGGAUAAAAAAACCUAAACUGUAUUUAAUGUACUGUACGCUUAUAUGUAAGUAGACAGCGUGUUCUGGCUCUGAGCCAGUGGGACAGACGCUCCGUUUAGCACUCCUCCUCCUCUCCGUCCCCAGAUCUUCUAUAACCUCCUGACCCCACGUCCCUGCUCCGACCCGGCCCUGUUUCCAUGGUGAACAACGCGUCUCUUCUUGUAUUAUAGCUUAUCGGCUUUUUAUCAAUAUUUGAACGGCUUGUCCGUGAGCCAAUGUAGUCUUCAGUAAGUGUGUGGUCGUAUGUUGUAAAACCGAUUUCUUUCUCUCUCUCUCUCUUUUUUAAGAAGAAUCAUUUCUCUUAUUGCUUUUUGUCUGUUCUGGUUUACAUGUCUGUUACAGAAAAUGUAAAAACUAAAAGGAAAAAAAAGACACAAUUCCCUCUCUGGCAGCCUCGUUCUCUGUCAGUGGUCAUUUUGAUCUACCCAAUCAACAGGAAGGCACGGAACCUGGAAAAGUAUCUAUUUGAAUAAAUCAAUCUAUAUAUAAAUGUACAAAAAAUAUAUACAGUAUAUGAGGAGGGUGCCGUUUUCUGUUAUUUUUUUAUGUUCCAUUGCAGAGUUGGACUGGCAGAAGCUGGUGAGGCCCCUCAGUGUUAUAAAUUCCCAACUGACUUUGUUGUUUUCUCUGUUGUUGCCGUGACGACUCUUUUUGACUAGUACGGCAUCCUGUGCAGGACAAACUGGGACCGGAGUUUCAUCAGCUCCAUCACUGCUACAGUAUCUAUCCAAGGCAACAACACACAGACAUUUGUAAAUUGUAUGCAACGAAAUGACAAACUUUACCAUUAUUUUGAAAUUGUGUAUGUAAAAGUUAUAUUUUUACAUGUAGACUGUUGUUAUUUUGUGUUUUAGAAAUAUGUUGUAUUGUUUGGGAUUUUCUUUUUCUUUUUUUUCUUUUUUUGCUAAAAGAUGGAAAAGUAAAAUUCAGUGUGUGUUGAAAAAUGUGUCACAUUGAAAGUGUAGUGAUUUCAAAAGUUCCAAAAUCUUUUUUUUAUUGGUUUCUAUCCAUGGGGAACAUUUUUGAAGGGAGGAAUCAUAAAUCGUAUAUGAUAUUUGUUUUGUUCUAUAUGCCUCAUGACAUUACCAACUUUAAUUGUAUUUUUUGCAGAGAAAUGUGUAAAUAGUAAUAAAACAUUUUCUGUGGGUGAGAACUUAACAGUGACUUAACAGAGGCGACGGUGACAUGAACUUGUUUUGAGUUUAGUGAUUUGUCCGGUAACAGUAGCCAGGUGCCAACUUUUAGUUUGGGUCGGUGGUGCUCAGUACUGUCUGUGGUUUUGGUUGCCAACCAUCUCAAGUGUAAGUCAAAUUAUUGUCUGCUUGCUCCAUCAGAGCCGAUACAACCCCUGAUCAGAGCCACUUGAAGGAUUCCUUUUGUUUUCAUUAAAUCAUUGACAGAGAAAAGCAUCAUUUCUGUGAUAUGGACCAUGAUAAUACCUACAAUUAGUCUGAACCCAGCAACGGAAACUUUAAAUGUUUUGAAUCUGACAACACUGAAGCACCCAAAGAUUGUUCAAACCGUGUUGGUUCUGCAUUGGCUCCGACUCCUGGGCUCGUUUCCCAAAAGUGUUGAUUAAAGGAUGAAUCCUCAGCGUUUGAUUGAAAAUGCUGAAAAUAUUGGCUUGUUAUCAAUCUAAAAUGGCCGGUCGUCCGUAAACAAUCCUAUCAGCUAUUUCACCAAAAAGAUCGUAUCACGUGCAAAGCGGCGCCUGUCGUUCGUUUGCCAUGAACCCUUUGUCUGCUUUGAAUUGGACCGAGCUCCAACACGAGGAUUGAAUCCAUGGUUGUAAAUGCUAAAUGUGUUUUUUAAGUAAUGUUAUUUUUUCCAAUGCUACAUGUCAUAUUUUCUCUUUGUUGUAUAAUCAAGUCAUCUCCUGAAUUGCAGUACCUUCAUUUUUAUGUUAGCCCUGAUGUUUCUAUUAGCCAAACUGUUGCGUUCUGUUCUUUUCCCUCCUUGUUGUACAUACACACCUCAUCCUCUUUUCAGUGACUGUGCCAUGAGCUUUGUAAUCUGUUACUCUGUACAAGUUUUACUGCAAUAAUGAGUUGAAUUCAAAA